AUGGUGGAGAGAGCCAAGGUAAUGGAGAAGAACGUAUUAGAGGUCGAACAACAGAGGAAGCAACAACAGCAGGCGGCUCGAGGACCCGUUCCUUCAAGAAACACUUCAAGUCAAAGGAGGACGCCUUACGCUCGUCCAGCGCUGCCUUCUAAUGCUAGUGGGUCUCCUCACUCUCAGUCAGUGGUUGCUGUCGGACAAUCUGGACAGCAAGGGACAAUGACUUGUUUCCAAUGUGGAGGACCCCACUAUCGUUCGUCAUGUCCUCAACUGGUGGGAGGAAAGUUUUGUGCUCGCUGUAGAAGAAAUGGUCAUCUGGAGAGCGAGUGUAACAUGGGAAGGCGAGCAAUGAUGAGGCCACCAAAUGUUGGAAGAAAUCAACCGAGGGGUGGUGGCCGCGCACAAGCGGUUGGUCGGGUCUAUGCUUUAACUAGAGCGGAAGCGGCAAGCUCAGGUACACUUAUCACUAGCACUUGCUUACUGUAUGGAUUGUUGUGUUGUGUGUUGUUUGAUUCGGAGGCAACACAUUCCUUCAUCUUGAAGGCAUGCGUUGAAAAACUAGGAUUGACCGAGGGUGAGAUGUAG